AUGACGUCCAAGAUCCCGGGAAUGCAGCACCUGCACUCGUUCACCCAGCGAAAGGCGGGCACCUGCGCCGAGCUCAGAAAGGCCCAGGAGGGCCUCAAAAACGACCUCAUCCUCCGUGCAGCCCGCGGAGAGCAGACCGAGAGGGCUCCCUGCUGGAUCAUGAGGCAGGCCGGAAGGUACCUCCCUGAGUUCCGCAAGAUCCGCGAGGACCACGACUUCUUCACGUGCUGCCGCGAUCCGGAGCUGGCGUCGGAGAUUACCGUCCAGCCCAUCCGGCGGUACCGCGGGCUGCUGGACGCCGCCAUCAUCUUUAGCGACAUCCUCGUCAUCCCGCAGGCCAUGGGCCUCGAGGUCGAGAUGCUGCCCGCCAAGGGCCCGCACUUCCCCGCCCCGCUCGUCACGCCGCGCGACACGGAGCGCCUGCGCAAAAAGGUCGACGUCGAGCGCGAGCUGGGCUACGUCUACGACGCCAUCCGCCUGACGCGCACCAAGCUCGACGGCGAGGUGCCUCUGAUUGGCUUCUGCGGCGCCCCCUGGACCCUCAUGGCCUACAUGGUCGAGGGCGGCGGCAGCAAGACGUUUGAAAAGGCAAAGACGUGGCUCUUCAAGUACCCCGAGGAGAGCAAGGAGCUCCUCCAGCGCAUCGCAGACGUCGCCGUCGAGUUCCUCGUCGGCCAGGUCGUCGCCGGUGCCCAGAUGCUACAAGUGUUCGACUCGUGGGCGGGCGAGCUAUCGCCCUCGGACUUCCGCACCUUUUCGCUGCCCUACCUGCGUUCGAUUGCCGCCUCGGUGCGCGACGCCCUCAGCCUGCGCUCCAUCACCUGUCCGCCGCUCAUCAUCUUCGCCAAGGGCGCGCUGGGCCACUCGAUGCCCGAGAUUGUCAAGGCCGGCUACGACGUCGUCGGGUUGGACUACACCGUCGAGCCGUCAGUGGCGCGCAAGGUCGUCGAGCUCGCCUCGCCCGGCCGCGCCAUCUCGUCCAAGACCAACACGGCCAGCGGCGCAAACGAGGCGGCGCACCGGCUCGCGCUGCAGGGCAACAUGGACCCCGCCGUUCUGUACGCGGGCAAGGAGGCCAUCGAGCGCAAGGUCGACGAGAUGCUGCGCGCCCGCAAAGGCGGCUUCGGCGGCGGCGGCGCCUACAUCUGCAACCUCGGACACGGCAUCACGCCCGGCGUCGACCCCGAGGCCGUAAAGUGGUUCCUCAAGGCCGUGCACCGCGUCAGCGAAGAGGUCAACAGCGCCAGGGACGAGGAGUAA